UGAAUUAAAUUAUUUUUAUUGAUUUGAAAUUAUUUUUACUGAAUAUUAUUUUGUUAAGGUGAAUUGAGGUACUCACAUGAAGCCCAAAUUGAUAAAACACAUAUUGUCCAAUUUGGGCCACUUUAUAAUAAUGUUAUAGUGCAGUGUGUUUUUUAAAAUAAUGUCAAAAAAAAAAAAAAAAAAAAAAAAAAAAAAAAAAAAUAACAUUAUUACAGCCAUUCACAAUUCACUCUUUACAAUUCAGUUGAGAAUCACAUAAAUGGCAGAACACCAAGAGAGUAGCUCAAAAAAGCAGAAAUUGAGCUCCAUAAAAGACAACAAUAGCGGAGACUCAGAAAAUGAAGACCGAUUAAGUUCUCUCCCAGACUCCAUUCUCGCCGACAUCCUCUCACUUCUCGACAUACCUUCCGCCGUCGCCACCUCCGUCUUAUCCCGCCGGUGGCGUUACCUCUGGACCCAAGUCACCCACCUUGACAUCGACUACGACGAUUUCGAAUCGCUAGUUUCUGAGGAUGACUACUUUUCCAAAGUCUCCAACACCGUCGACCACAUUCUCCGCCAAUGCUCGUCCCCCAAAAUCAACACCUUCAAUCUUCGUAUCGAACAUCCUUUUAUGGAUGAAGAAUUUGAGACUACUCAAAGGUAUAUUGUUUCGUGGAUUACUCUGUUUUGCAGUAGAUUUGUCAAUCAACUUAAGGUUGAUGUUUUUGAUACUGGUAUGCCUCGAUUUCCCGUACCUGUUUGUGUUUAUCAGAGUGUUAAUUUGUCGAAACUCGAAUUAAGGGGACCUUUUGCUUGUGUGUUAUCUGAUAGUUUAGCUAUUCAUCUUCCUAAUUUAAAAUCUCUGGUGUUAGAUUCUGUCGACAUUGCUCCUGAUUUGAUCGGUAAACUUACUAAAUCUUGCCCGUUGUUGGAGUCUUUAGAUUUGCAUUUGAAUGGGGCAGAGAAUGCAGUUGUUAUGAAUAUAUCAGCUCUGAAUUUGAAUUCUUUGGUUGUGUUUUUGGGUGGAAAUACUGGAAAUUGGAAACAUUGCCAAGUUGUGAUUGAUGCCCCGAAAUUGGAACGUGUUUCGCUAGGUGGCCGGUUAGCGUGUUAUCAGUUUGCAAACAAUAGAAAUACAUUACUCCACGCUAAACUAGAUUUUGAUCGUUCUACUUUCGAGGCUGGAAGUGAUUAUCUUAGCCACUUAGCGAAACUUCUUCAAGAGAUAUCUUGUGUUGGGAGCAUUCACAUAGUGGGUGCCCUUAGAAUGUUCAAUCCGAUCAACUAUGUAGUGGCCAAUAUUUGGAAAACCUUUCAUAAUCUGACACGGAUUUGCUUGAUCCAUCCUUCACUACACCAAGUGAUGUUCUCGGAUGCUCCAAUUCCUGCUUGUUUGUUAGCUAAGGUUAAGUGGAUAAAAUUAGACGAUCUCAAGGGUGAUGAAAAUGAUAUUUGGCUACUCAACUACAUUCUUUCGAAUGCAGAAGUUUUAGAAGAGAUUUUGGUUGAUGUUCCCACUGUUGAAUACCUUGGAGGAAGUGAACAAGAUCAACUCUGGUGGGAGUUGAACUUUUGUAAGGAAUUGUUUGAGCUUCCUAGGAAAUCCUCAACUUGUGAUAUUAAGUUCUCUGGUAGUUUUGUAGAUUCAUCGAGCAAUGAUUAUAGGCAUGGAUCGAUUGCUUGUCGACUUGAAUGGAGUCUAUGGGGGUCUUAAUUUGUACACCAGAAUUGUAUGUUUCAGCUCAUCUUUUGUAGGAAGUAAUUCAUGUAAGCUUUUCCCUUGAGAUUUUACAAUGUCCAAAGAGCUUGUAACCCUUAUCAGUCUUUUGCCUGUUAUUGUAACUCUCAUGGAAUGGCUUAUAUUAUAAACGUUGUUCUCUCUGUAUUAAUAUUCUCAGUGGCUAGUUCUGGUUUAAUAUCAUACCA